ACGGCAUGCUGGAAACUUUCCGCAUCCUUGCCGACUAGCAUCCUUUGCGUGGUUCAUUCAUCAGUUGAACAAAAACCGUCAGAUGGACCAGAUGUGUUAAGUCCUGGAAAGGAGGCUCAAAAAGACGAUAUUCUCGAAACGUUUGGCGCCAUAUUUACUCGGACCAAUAGGAUCCGAAUACUCCGUUUUUGGGCUUGUGUGCGUGUGCGUGCGGCUUGUCCUGUGUGCCCCGAUUGUUUGUGUAAUUUCGCGCGCUUUUGUGUCGCCUGACGUCCUGAAGUCUUAUCCGAAAGGACCAACGAAAAAAAAAGAGGAAAAGGAUUUGAAAGGCGUGAGAUUUGCGGCCAACUGCUGGAUGAAUGCCAGCGAGCUGAAAUCUUAAUUAGCCAUUUAAUGGCAGUUGGCAGACAACAAAGCCCGCCAGUGCGACAUCCACAUCAGGAGCAGCAGCAGCAGGAACUGUAACACAACCAAAAGCCGAUCAGCAAGCCAUUCAGCUUUGAGUGUUUUAUGGUGCUCGAGUGGCAGCAACAGCCCUAACAACUAGCAACAAGAACCUUGCCCACCUUAGCCUGGGGCACGAAGUAACAGGGAAACAAAGCAAUCCAGAAAGAUGGCCGGCGGGGGCAGGACAGCCGGCAAAUACGGUUAUUCGGACAACAAUUAUUACAGUGGUCACUCGUACAAGAGCAUCAACGAUGAGAUUAUACUGGUCAGCAUCAUAAUGGGGAUUACCAUAUUGGUGCUCAUUACCAUCGCCCUGUGCUACAUUGCGUACGAGAAGUGCCAAAAGAAGAGGGAGUACUACAUCAACGCCUAAAGGAUAUGCUUUCGGGCACUGGACAAGUGGGAUGUGGCGGUUACUUUGCUUUAUUUUCUCUUUUUCCUUUGUUUUAGACACAAGAGGGGCAUUUUACCUUUUUCAUGUGCCACAUAGCGUAUGAGUAAUUUCAGGGAAAGUUGCUUUUUUCAUACAGGGACGGACUUAAUAAUUCUGCUUUAAAUUUAUUAUAUUUUAUUAGAGUUUUAUUACAUUUAUCUUUAAUGAAAAUCAUACGUAGUUGAAAAAAUGUAAUUUUGUAAAGUUAUUGCUGUACCACCCUGCGUAUGAGUGAUGAAUGAGAAAGGAUAGAUUUAUUUCCAACAAUGCAGGUCACAGAUUCCAUGGAUAUUCAAUACGUUUUUCAAUUACAAUGGCGGCAUACAAAAAAAUGAUUAAAAAAAAAAUAGCACUUAGAUUCGUCCCUGAUAUUGUAUCCACGCCUAAAGGGUUUCCGGUUGUGAAGAAUGGGAAACUGCAUUCUUUUAUUCUAUGUUUACUUUUUCUUUCUGCAGCGGUGGCUCUGCAAGGCUAAAUGUCAACACGGUCUGCGACAAUGUUGACGUUGACGAUUUAGUUGGCCAACAAAAAUAACCAAGAGUGGCUGCAUCCGCCCUAUUCACCCACAAACCCACACUCACAGAGUCACAGCCGUAACACAGACUUUGUGAACUCACGAGCACGGAACACGUAUACAAAUCGGAAAGCAGUGGAAUUUGUGCUGUUUAAACGAUUCUCCAUUUCUGCUGGUUUCCCUUGUAGUUGCACUUUCUCAAGUGACAGGAUUCACCGGAAAAGGAAGCUUGGUAAGGCCACCACUGUGCACAGUGGUUCCCGCUGCCACUUGACAUUUUGUCUGGCCAAUUAGGCGUUCUCCAUUUUGCAAUUUUUAGAGCUCUUCGAGAUAAGGAGUCGGCAUUAUGGUCGAAAAAGAAACAACCCAUUUAAACAGUUCGUUUUUUAUUAAAUGCACUUCGGAAGAAACUGGCAGAAUAGAGUUUUUACGAGCUCCAUAAAUUCUCUGUUUUAUGCCACACCAAGGCGUUUCAAUUUAAAAUGCAAUUCAAUUCCACCAUGCAACAACCUUUUGUUUGUCAAACCAGCGGAGAAAAAUAAUAUAAAAAAAAGAAAACCCCAAAACGAAACCUCACACCACAGAAUAAUGGCUGCAAAAGGAAUAAUAGUGUUUCUUUUGCAAGUGCGCUGUGUCGAUAUGGUUGCCCCCCAAUCCCACAUGCAUUGUUCAUAAGUGCACUAUGAGAAAUAUUAAAGUUCCUCGAAGAAGAUAUACACAGACAGGAUUUAAAUCAUGUAAAUUUAUUGGUCAGUAGACAUUUUUUAUUAAAUUUUUGUGAAUAAGUUAUUCUAUUUUAUAGAUAUUAUCAAUUUAAAAGUUUUCUGAUGAUUUCAAAAUUAUAGUUUUAAAUUAUGCCACAAAUCCAUUUCUUCUUGUGUGCAUACAUGCAUACAUAUCCUCCAAUUUCGAAUAUUGACAGCGUGGGAGCAUUUAACCAACCAACGGACAGGGACAGAGACAGACUCAGCUAGGGAGUGACUUUUCUUAUAUCCCUUUUUUUUUUUGCCCUUUUUGUCUGCCAUUUUUUUCGGAAUGGGAAUCCAAGGAGCGUGGCUCGAGGCUGUAAUAAUAAAAACAGUAACGGAAACUGGGUGCAGUGCACACGAACAAAGCGUAAAGGAACAAUAAAAGAAAUCGCACAACGAUUCCGUGGCAGCUAAGCGAUUCCAAACCGGAGAUAAAGGCCAGAAAGGCUCACAUUAAAUUAGAGUAAAAUGGACCACAUUUAAAGGACUUGGACCUUUGGUGGAAAACAAGCUGUAGAAGCUAGCUGUGGGCAUAAAUUAAAGCUCAUCUCAGGCUGACGGCCUGAGAACCCAAAAAUAUCUAUUGAAUACAAACGUAUAUCAGGCUCAACGUCCCGAAAAAUAAAACCAACAAACACACACAUCCUACUUUUCAGAAUGUGUCGAGAGCUCAAUGUUAAUCAGCUUAGACAACCUCCGUCAUCGGUUUGGAAGCAUUUUGUGUUGUGUUUCCUUUUUUUCCGUUUUUUUUUUUUUUGGCCAUCAAGAGGCCCGAGAGCAAACAAAUAACUCGAUUUUUAGAUAGGUAGGGACUGGGACCGGGCGUGUUUUAUCCUCUCGAAAUGCUUUUAAAAAUUAAACAACUGAUAAAUGACAAAGUUCGUUGGAGCAGAAAUUAUCGUUUGACAAAUUGGCAGACCAUGAUGAGAGCUCAUCAAUUGCUUGGCAACCACGUGGAGACCAGAUACUGUUUGAUUUAAUGCCAGUACGGCACCAGAUGACUAAAUGGGUCCAUUGACAUGGAAAAUGCGAGGAUGCGUCUUAGCGGUUUUUGAUAUUGAAGGAUAAUUUGUAUGAUUUAUGAGUUUGAUUAAAUGUUCCCCAACUGACGUUCGGUAUCGGUUUGUUUCUUUCUUAUGUUUCUUAACAGAAAUUUUUGUUGAUUCAUGCCAAAAAUUCUUUUCAUUUUACAACAAACUAUGACCACAAACUGCAGUAAAAAGUUAACUCGACACCCAACCACCGAAACGUAUUUUAAUAGUGCACCACGGACAAUGGCCAAGAGAAAAAAGUUUACUAAUUAUCCGUUAAGAAAGGAAAUCCCAGCAUUAAAACUCAGACACGCUCGAAGAGCACAAUAAAUUUUACGACAACCAUAAUAAAGAAAAAAAAAGAUUGAAAGAACACGCGGGAACACAAAUUUUAGCACUUGUCGUGUGUCUGAGUCAGGGAAAAUAUCAGGAAUUGGGGGAAAGGAUUCGCCACUUAAAAUGCAUCCCUAUCCUUGGAAACUCACUGAAGCUGCGUGCGAAAUGAAUGACUCGUAGCUUUUUUAAACGAACUCAGAUACACACCGAACACGUAGUAAACUUUACGUCCAUUUUUAUAGUUUUAUUUUCUUUAUUUUAGUAUAGCUGUCUCACUAAUUGCCACAUGACUUGGCCAAAGAUAUAAAGGAUAUAGAGAAUAUGACCGGGAUGAAAUAAAUUUAAUGAAAUUACUUUAUUACCGCUGGAGGGGAAUGAAAUCGAUGUGUAUUGUAUAUGCAUUUAAUCAAUUGCACUUCAGCGUAGCGUUUAGAAAUCUAUGUAUCCGAGAUAGAUGUGACCACUUAUACCCUACCUAGUAACCUAUGGAAUUUGUAGUUAAUUCGAAGGCAGUGCACUCUUUUUUGUCAUGAAAAGAGGGACCAAACGUACAACUAUGAAACAAAGAAUUCGAUGCGGAAAACGUGUACUUUAUUUUAAAUAAAUAAAUUAAUACCAAACACUAAGUGAGAUCUAUAAAUGUUGAUCGUAGUGUCAAAAUUGUUAAAACUAAAUUCGAUAUACUAUACUUUAUGUACAAUACACUACAAUAAAGAAAUGUUUAUGCAUGUUAUUCAAAUUGA